UUCCAUUUCGCCUUUAUCAUAAAUCCAUCAGUAAUUGCUUCCCCUUAAUCAUUUGCCUAUAUAAUCCAAUAGCUCACUCGAAAGUUUUACUAUCGGAUUAGACGUGUACGACAGAAAUGGUUACUGCCAUGGUCAAGCUCGUUCUUUUCGCCAUCCUCCUAGCAUCACUAAGCUGCCAGUCUGUAGUAGGGGCACGGACCACACCGGAGGGCUCUAAGUCUGAUUUGGUAGCUCGCCUGAGGCUAGAUGAUCAGCAGUCUCCAAGCUGUUGGGAGUCGAUGUUCCAGCUCCAGUCUUGCACCGGGGAGGUUAUAAUGUUCUUCCUCAACGGGGAGACUUAUCUGGGCCCGAAGUGCUGCGAUGCCAUCAGGACGAUCGAGCACGACUGCUGGCCCAAUCUGCUCGGUACCCUGGGCUACACCACGGAGGAGGGUGAUAUUCUGGAGGGCUACUGUGAUGAGGCCGUGCAUAACUCAACGCUGCUGUCCCCAGAGAGCAAUAAGAUGAAGGACCUACACGAGGCAGAGUCGAGCCCUUAGUAAACCGGCCGAAUGUCGUGCUACUGAUGAUGCCAGUUCGAAUAAGAUUAAGGAAUUAGUGAUGGACUUUGCAUGCUUUACAAUGGAUAUUACCAUUUUGGUCUUGGUUAUUGGUAGGUUAAAGAGAUUUUCAACAUACUUUACGGGUUGCGAGUUUGAAGUGUUGUUGAGUAUAUGAUGUUUUCAAUUUUAUCACGA